AGAGAGACGCCAGCCGCCGGCGGCGCUAGCACCUCGAAGGCGGGCGGGCGGCCGGAGGAGCGCGGCGCGGCGCAGGGAACGGCACUGCGGGUGGGGAGACCAGCGCGGCUGAGGCGAGGGCCACCCCCUGGUCCUUUGCCCUCGCUCCCCGCCAGGGCCAGGUGCAAAAAAAGUGUUAAACAAGUUAAAAUCUAGGCAACAGACUCCCUGAAGUGUUGACUGCCCAACUUAAUCAUGACUGUAAUUCAAAAAUGUUAAUAAAUAAACUAAGGUAUAGAUCAUGGGGAAUUCAUAUGCUGGGCAACUGAAAUCUGCUCGAUUUGAGGAAGCUCUCCACAACUCCAUAGAAGCCUCCCUCAGAUGUAAUAGUGUGGUACCACGGCCAAUAUUUUCCCAGCUAUACCUGGACCCUGACCAGCAUCCUUUCUCAUCUGCAGAUGUCAAACCCAAGGUGGAGGAUCUGGACAAAGAUUUGGUACACCGAUACACUCAAAAUGGGAGUCUGGAUUUUUCUAACAGUCUAACAGUUAAUGAAAUGGAAGAUGAUGAAGAUGAUGAAGAAAUGUCUGAUUCAAACAGCCCACCAAUUCCCUAUUCACAAAAACCUGCCCCAGAAGGAUCUUGCACUACAGAUGGUUUUUGUCAAGCAGGAAAGGAUUUGCGUUUGGUAUCACUGUGUAUGGAACAAAUUGACAUUCCAGCAGGAUUCCUCCUGGUGGGGGCCAAGUCUCCCAAUCUGCCUGAACACAUCCUAGUUUGUGCUGUUGACAAGCGAUUCCUACCAGAUGAUAACGGGAAAAAUGCACUUUUAGGGUUUUCUGGAAAUUGUAUUGGUUGCGGAGAAAGAGGAUUUCGAUAUUUCACGGAAUUUUCAAACCACAUUAACUUGAAGCUCACCACUCAGCCAAAGAAGCAGAAGCACUUAAAGUACUACCUAGUCAGAAGCUCCCAGGGUGUGCUUUCUAAGGGACCUCUUAUCUGCUGGAAAGAAUGUAGAAGCCGACAAUCCUCUGCUUCUUGCCAAACUAUUAAACCAAGCUCUUCAGUGUCGUCAACUGUGACCCCAGAAAAUGGGACAGCUAAUGGAUACAAAGCAGGAUUCACUCAGACAGAUGCUGCUAAUGGAAACAGUAGCCAUGGAGGGAAGGGCAGUGCAUCCAGCUCCACUCCAGCCCACCCAGGGAAUUACUCUUUGUCGCCAAGACCCAGCUAUGCAUCAGGAGACCAAGCUACCAUGUUUAUUUCUGGGCCACCAAAGAAACGACACCGGGGAUGGUAUCCUGGGUCACCUCUCCCCCAACCUGGCUUAGUUGUACCUGUCCCUACAGUUCGCCCUCUUUCAAGAACGGAGUCCCCUUUAUCUGCCCCAGUUCCACAGACCCCACUAACUGGAAUUUUACAGCCCCGGCCCAUUCCUGCAGGGGAAACUGUAAUUGUUCCUGAAAACCUGCUGAGUAACUCAGGAGUUAGACCAGUAAUUCUGAUAGGCUAUGGCACUUUACCCUAUUUCUAUGGAAAUGUUAGUGACAUUGUUGUGAGUCCUCUGCUGGUGAAUUGCUACAAGAUUCCACAGUUGGAAAACAAAGAUUUAGAACAACUGGGGUUGACUGGCAGCCAAUAUCUGAGUGUGGAAAACAUGAUUCUUCUGACAAUACAGUAUCUUGUGCGGCUGGGUCCUGAUCAGAUACCUCUCAGGGAAGAAUUUGAGCAAAUUAUGCUGAAAGCUAUGCAAGAAUUUACUCUGAGAGAAAGAGCCCUGCAGUUAGGUGCUCAGUGUGUCCCUGUGUCACCAGGACAACUCCCUUGGCUUGCUAGAUUAAUUGCCAGCGUAUCUCAAGACUUGGUUCAUGUGAUUGUGACCCAGAACUCUUUGGCGGAGGGUAUUUCAGAGACUCUCAGGACUCUCAGUGAAAUGAGACACUAUCAAAGGCUACCAGAUUAUGUGGUGGCAAUUUGUGCAUCGAAAAUCAGAGGAAAUGAAUUUUGUGUGGUAGUGUUAGGUCCGCACCAGUCCCGAGCUCUGGCAGAGAGCAUGCUCACCACAAGUGAGUUUUUAAAAGAAAUUAGUUAUGAGCUUAUCACAGGAAAGGUCAGUUUCCUGGCAUCACAUUUCAAAACCACAUCAUUAGGAGAUGACCUAGACAAGCUGUUGGAAAAAAUGCAACAACGAAGAGGAGACAGUGUGGUUAUCCCUUUCAAUGGAGACCUUAAUGAAUGCGUGUCACCUCAGGAGGCUGCUGCUAUGAUGCCCACACAAAACCUGGAUUUAGAUAGCGAAACCUUCCAAAUUUAUCAACCGCAGCUAACAGUUGCCAGAAAACUCUUAUCCCAGGUGUGUGCUAUAGCAGACAGUGGCAGCCAGAGCCUAGACCUCGGUCACUUCAGCAAAGUAGACUUCAUCAUCAUCGUCCCCAGGUCGGAGGUAUUGGUGCAGCAAACUCUUCAACGGAUUCGACAAUCAGGUGUCCUUGUAGACUUGGGUCUGGAAGAAAAUGGGACAGCCCACCAGAGAGCAGAAAAAUAUGUUGUUCGUCUAGACAAUGAGAUUCAAACCAAGUUUGAAGUUUUUAUGAGGAGAGUGAAACAGAACCCGUACACACUGUUUGUGCUAGUUCAUGACAACUCCCAUGUGGAACUAACAAGUGUCAUUUCAGGCUCUUUGUCACAUGGCGAACCCAGUCAUGGACUAGCUGAUAGAGUCAUUAAUUGCAGAGAAGUUCUGGAAGCUUUCAACCUCCUGGUGCUCCAGGUCAGCUCCUUCCCAUACACUCUACAGACCCAGCAGUCCCGCAUUAGCUCAAACAAUGAGGUUCACUGGAUACAGCUGGAUACUGGGGAGGACGUGGGCUGCGAGGAGAAGCUGUACUUUGGCUUGAAUGAAUACAGCAAGUCUUUGCAGUGGGGGGUCACGAGCCCGCUUCUGAGAUGUGACGAGGCUUUCGAAAAAAUGGUGAACACACUCUUGGAGAGGUACCCCAGGUUGCACAGCAUGGUCGUCCGCUGCUAUCUUCUCAUCCAGCAGUACUCUGAGGCUCUGAUGGCUCUCACCACCAUGGCAUCACUCCGAGACCACAGCACACCAGAAACACUCAGCAUUAUGGAUGACCUCAUCAGCUCCCCAGGCAGAAACAAAAGUGGGAGGGGACACAUGCUCAUUAUCAGGGUGCCCUCGGUACAGCUGGCGAUGUUAGCCAAGGAGCGGCUACAGGAAGUGCGCAACAAACUGGGUCUGCAGUAUCGGUUUGAGAUCAUCCUUGGGAACCCGGCCUCUGAACUCAGCGUUGCAACUCACUUUGUGGCACGAUUAAAGACUUGGAGAGGAAAUGAACCAGAAGAGUGGAUCCCUCGGACAUACCAAGAUUUAGACGGUCUACCUUGUAUUGUGAUAUUAACUGGCAAAGAUCCUCUUGGAGAAAGCUUUCCCAGGUCUUUGAAGUACUGUGACCUCCGGUUAAUUGACUCAAGCUAUUUAACUCGCACGGCCUUGGAGCAGGAGGUGGGUCUGGCAUGCUGCUAUGUCUCAAAAGAGGUCAUUCGGGGACCCACUGUUGCCCUGGACCUCAGCGGGAAGGAGCAGGAGAGAGCUGCUGUCAGCGAAAAUGACUCUGAUGAGCUGCUCAUCGACCUGGAGCGGCCCCAGAGCAAUAGCAGCGCUGUCACAGGGACGUCGGGUUCCAUCAUGGAGAAUGGAGUGAGCUCUUCCAGCACAGCUGACAAGUCCAAGAAGCAGUCCCUGACCCCCAGCUUCCAGAGCCCAGCCACCAGUCUGGGGAUGGAUGAAGGGGUCUCUGCCAGCACACCUGGAACUGGAGCCAGGGAGACUCUGAAGCAAGAGUGUGAUUCCUUGGGCCCCCAGAUGGCAAGCAGCACCAUCUCCAAGCCGUCUUCAUCCUCCUCAGGACCCAGGACCCUCCCAUGGCCAGGACAGCCCAUCAGAGGCUACCAGGGCCCUCACACAGCCCUGCCACCAGUGGUGAUCCUAUCCAAAGCAGCCUACAGCCUCCUGGGCUCCCAGAAGAGUGGCAAGCUGCCAUCCUCCUCAUCCCUGCUGCCUCAUGCUGACGUGGCCUGGGUGAGCUCCCUGCGGCCAUUCCUGAACAGGGACAUGAGCAGCGAGGAGCAGUCCCUCUACUACAGGCAGUGGACCUCGGCCCGGCAGCACCAUGCUGACUACAGCAACCAGCCGGACCCGGCCUCUGGCACCCGAACCUUCCACCCCCGGCGGCUGCUGCUGACUGGGCCCCCUAAGGUGGGAAAGACGGGCUCCUAUUUACAGUUCCUCAGGAUCCUCUUCCGCAUGCUCAUCAGGCUCCUGGAGGUGGAUGUCUAUGAUGAGGAGGAGAUCAACACUGAUCAUAGUGAAAGCACUGAAGUGAGCCAGUCAGAGGGAGAGCCCUGGCCUGACAUCGAGAGUUUCAGUAAAAUGCCUUUUGACGUCAGUGUGCAUGACCCCAAGUACAGUUUGAUGAGCCUGGUGUAUACUGAGAAGCUGGCAGGAGUCAAACAAGAAGUGAUAAAGGAAUCCAAAGUUGAAGAGCCCAGGAAACGAGAAACUGUGUCCAUAAUGCUGACCAAAUAUGCAGCCUACAACACCUUUCACCACUGCGAACAGUGCCGCCAGUACAUGGACUUCACCUCUGCCUCCCAGAUGUCUGACUCCACCCUUCAUGCCUUCACAUUCUCUUCUUCUAUGCUGGGAGAAGAGGUUCAGCUCUAUUUCAUCAUUCCGAAAUCCAAAGAGAGUCAUUUUGUCUUCAGCAAACAGGGCAAGCACCUGGAAAGCAUGCGGCUGCCCCUGGUUUCAGACAAGAAUUUGAAUGCAGUCAAGAGCCCUAUUUUCACUCCUUCCAGCGGUCGACACGAGCACGGACUCCUAAACCUUUUCCACGCCAUGGAGGGCAUCAACCACCUUCACCUUCUGGUGGUCAAAGAAUAUGAGAUGCCUCUGUACCGCAAGUACUGGCCCAACCACAUCAUGCUGGUGCUUCCUGGCAUGUUCAAUAAUGCAGGCGUGGGUGCUGCCAGGUUCCUCAUUAAGGAGCUAUCAUAUCACAACCUAGAAUUGGAGAGAAACCGCCUGGAGGAGCUAGGCAUUAAACGCCAGUGUGUCUGGCCUUUCAUCGUCAUGAUGGAUGAUUCGUGUGUCCUAUGGAACAUUCACAGUGUUCAGGAGCCAUCCAGCCAGCCCAUGGAAGUAGGAGUUUCCAGUAAGAACGUGUCCUUGAAGACUGUCUUGCAGCACAUUGAAGCCACACCAAAAAUUGUCCACUACGCAAUCUUGGGCAUACAGAAAUGGAGCAGCAAGCUGACUUCUCAGAGCCUAAAGGCCCCGUUCUCAAGGUGCCAUGUGCAUGAUUUCCUUCUCCUCAACAUAGACUUGACUCAGAAUGUACAGUAUGACUUCAACAGGUAUUUCUGUGAAGAUGUUGACUUUAAUCUGAGAACCAACAGUAGUGGCCUCCUCAUCUGCCGCUUUAAUAACUUCAGCCUCAUGAAGAAACAUGUUCAGGUUGGCGGGCAAAGGGACUUUAUCAUUAAACCAAAGAUCAUGGUGUCAGAGAACUUAGCACCCAUCUUGCCCCUUCAAUACAUCUGCGCUCCUGACAGUGAACACACGCUACUGGCAGCCCCUGCACAGUUUCUCCUGGAGAAAUUCCUUCAGCACGCCUCAUAUAAACUCUUCCCCAAAGCCAUCCGUAACUUCAAGAGUCCCGUGCUGGCCAUUGACUGCUACCUUAACAUUGGACCAGAGGUGGCCAUAUGCUACAUCAGCUCCAGACCCCACUCCAGCAAUGUCAAUUGUGAAGGAGUGUUUUUCAGUGGACUCCUUCUGUACCUCUGUGACUCUUUUGUAGGUGCUGAUCUUCUUAAGAACUUUAAAUUUCUAAAAGGUGCUACCCUGUGUGUCAUCUGCCAAGACAGAAGUUCCUUGCGCCAAACAAUUGUCCGCUUAGAGCUAGAAGAUGAGUGGCAGUUCCGCCUCCGGGAUGAGUUUCAAACUGCUAAUAGCAGUGAUGACAAGCCUCUUUACUUUCUUACUGGACGUCAUGUAUGAGCUUUUGAAGAGACCAAAAACAGCAAAAUGAUGCCUAGGUGGGGUAGGACAGAAACAAUUUGGGAAUUUUUUUUUUCCUUUAAAGUACAAUCACUGUGGAGCAAAGUGCAACAUAUUUGUCUAAAUUCUCCAAAGAACUCCCCAAAUCUGACCCAGAUCUUUGGGGAUACCACUCUUAAUUGGACCCUGAAAUUCAGGUAAACUCCCCUAGGCAGUUAUGCAAUUACUGAAGAUACGGUCUGCCCAUGGGAUCCUGAGGAGGAUAUACUUUGGAGAGUGAAUAUGGAGUCUGCAUUAUUUUUUCUAUUACAUUAUGUUAGGGGGAAACUGACUGUCAGCAUUAACUAGCCUGAAUGUGUUACGGGAGACUCAUGCCAUUGGUAUGGAAUUAAUUGAAGAUUAACGUUUGAGGCCUGAACCCUCAGUUUCUCUUCAGAUCUGUACUUUGGUACAGUAUUACUCAGGGGUUUGAAAUGAUAGAAUGUAGAUGAUAUUUGUAUUUAAAAAAAAAAAGCAGUAGCUGUGUCUUUCUCUGUGCAGUGUUAGUUUAAGAUUUAUAAUCUUCUAUGUAUUGAAACUUUUGGCAAAAUUUCCACAGGAGUUCAAAGUUUACUAUUUAAACUGAACAAACAGUAAAUGCAGAGCAGGCAUUGUAUGCAUUUAUGCAUCUUCUCCUAGCCUAAUUCCUUUGCUUUUCCCAUUCUUUAAACUUGUUUCCAGGCUUUAAGAAUAUCUUACCUAAGAGACAAUGGAACAGCAAUUAAUCUUUGCAAAAGAACCUGAUUAAGUCAGUUGUGUAAGUUGAGAAGUUUUCGGCAGGUAACCUGCACUCACCCUGUUUUGUUGGAAUUGAGCAGUUGGCACCAGCAAACCUAAAUGUCAGGCUGAGGCUCUGUUGCAGAGUGGAACUAGUUUCCUUCCUUUCAGGGACUCAGGCAAAGCUUCCUUUAAAAGAUGCACUGAAUAUUACCACCUUACACUGACACCACCACAGAAAUUGCUGAAUUGGGAAACUGAGCCAUAGAAAGAGAAGUGUUUUACUUAGUCCUACCAGUGACUCCUGUGAGGAGUAAGGAAGACUCCAUUAAGAGUCUUUCUGACUCAUUAAAAUCAACAGGGGGUGUUUGUCUAGUAUCAGCAGUGGAAGGCAUGUUUCUACAGAUUUCUCUAAUAUUUUAAUCAAAAACAUUAUUCUUAGAAUUGUUCUAGACAAACUCUUAGAAAUUUACUCUUAAAUUAUACCAGUUCUCACCAUUGAACAAUCUCUUGAGUUUUCUCAGCCCAUAUUUACUAUUUUAUCCCACUUAAAAUGGUCAUUUUUACUUGAAUCCAUCUUAUUUGUGACCUGAAACUACUGAGGGGCCUACUAAGCCUGCAUUUACUUAGAACAAAAAAUGUUAAUUGACCAGCUUUAUUAUCUUAUAACAAGGAGUUUACAGCUAGUGAAAAAAUGGAAUGUAUUAGACUAAAAAUGGUUUGUAGAUCUCUUGGUUUUAAUAUAGCUACUUAUGCUUUAACUGUAUUUUGAAGUCAAUAAUUCCUUUUAACCCCAUUUUUAAUUGUCCUUUAAAGAGGACCUGCCUUAUAUAUGCUUUAAAAAAUACUCCUUAAUUUUAGUACAGCGGAAUUUUUGGUAAAGAGGUAUGUUUUGAAGCAGUUUGGUUUAAAUAUGAAUGUAUUUCACUUGUUCCUGUUUUAUUGAAAGGGCCUAAUGCAAAUAUCAAGAAACCCACUGUCUGUGCAAUAUUCCAAUAACGUUAACUACAUAGGGCAAAUCAAAUACUUGAAAUAAUUCUAAAACAAUUGUACCUGGGGUAGAUGGCCUCUCAGGGUUUCUUCUGGCUUUAUGACUUCAUAGUCUAAAGAAUUUUUUUUAAGUAAUUACAUCAGAUGCAGGUACUCCAGUAGUUAUGGCUGCACUCUGAAAAUUCAAAUUAUUAUGAGCUCUUAAAUAUUAUUUAACUCUGUGGAAGAGAUAUGCCAGAACAAAGCCAAAAGACCAUCACCCUUAUAAUAGAGAAAUUGACCUAUUUUCUUUUCAAAGCCUAUCUUACUAAGGUUUGGAUCUUUUAAAAUCAUCUUACCAGUACAACUCUUCAGAGAAUGUUAGGUCCUUCUUUAAGGAUAAAGUUGCACGAACACAGGACACCACGAUAUGUGUGUAUAUAUAUCCUAGUGUGUUCAGCUUUAAGCUUUGCAAGCCCUUAGGAUACUGAUGUGGGAUGAAUGGAUUCACUAGGCCCACACAGUAACACAUAUAGAACGGCUGAACCUCAGCAUGUAUGACAGUUCACACUGGUUAAUACUGAAUGUAAACUAAAAACCAGAAUUGUUGUAGUCAAUUUUUUUGGGCUGUAAUUUAUGCAAUUGCUUUUUGUGAUUUUUAGAAAAGGGGACACCUGUGUUACUUUAUUACUGUAAAAUUUUCUUAACUAAAAUUUGGUGAAUUUCACUAGUCAGCCUACCUCACAUUUUGUUAAUGAUUCAAAAUUGUCUUAAGUUGUGUCUACUGUAUGUUUCUGUGCUUUAAUUUGGUGAAUGUAUUAAAGUUAUCUCCCACCCUCUC